AUCGACAGCAAAGGCAAAGGAAUUUCGCGUGACCAUUGAUCCACAUCGAUUCUCUUGCAUGCGCGCGACAUUCUCUGCAAGGUUCGCGCAUACAUUCGCUUCGUCACGCCUGCCGGUUCAGGUUGCUCGGUCUCCUUUGACUCACCAGAGCUUUAAGAAUUUUCAGACUAAAUUGCGCCGCCUUACUGGUACCACACCAGCUUCAGGUCGAAAUUUACCACGCCGAACAAACCAGCUGUCGUCCAUCAUGGACAACAAAGAGCUGUCUCACACGCAGUCGCUCGACGAACUGUCAGCGACAUUAAAGAAAAUUGGCCUGAAUGAGGUUCCCAAGGAGCCAAACACAUACCCAGAAGUGAAUCCGGUCGAUAUUUAUCGCUCACAUAUCACGGAGCUCCUAGCACCACUCGCCGGUGUGGACAAGAAGAUUGUAUAUCAGGCACUGCAGUACACGAACACGUUAGACAAGGGCGACUUGGUUUUGCCCGUUCCCGCACUUCGCAUCAAGGGCAAGAAACCCGACGAAUUGGCGAAUGAGUUGGCCGGCCAGUUCCCUCCGUCACCUCUUGUUGAACCGCCAACGACCGACAAAGCCUACAUCAAGUUCGUCUACAAGCCCGAGCCGCUUCAGAACAUCGUGCUGCCCUCGAUACUGAAGAACGGCCCGUCCUUUGGCUUCAACACGAAGCUUGGUCUUCGCGAUCCAUCGGACCCGUCCAGGGGACGAAAGAAGAUCAUCGUGGAGUUUUCGUCGCCGAACAUUGCAAAGGAAUUUCACUUUGGCCAUUUGCGGAGUACAAUUAUUGGCGGGUUUAUUUCAAAUCUGUACCAAGCGGCAGGAUGGGACGUCGUCAGGAUGAACUACCUUGGUGACUGGGGAAAGCAGUACGGUAUUCUUGCCCUUGGAUUUGUGACAUAUGGAAGCGAGGAGGAGCUGGUUGCGAACCCCAUCGGUCACCUGUUCGAUGUGUACGUGAAAAUCAGCAAGAUUCAAGGCGAGGAGAAGAAGAAGAUGGAAGAAUUGAAGAAAGAAAUCGCCGAACUUCAAAGCAAGAACGCGGAUGCCACCGAACAAAUGGCGGCUCUAGAGAAACUUCAGAGCGAAGGCGUAGACGAGCGAGCACGGAAAUACUUCAAGCGGAUGGAAGAUGGCGAUGAGGAGGUGCUGGGACUGUGGAAGCGUUUUAGGGCGCUUAGCGUGGAAAGGUACAUGGCUACGUAUAAACGCCUCAACAUCGAGUUCGACGACUACUCGGGCGAAUCCACCGUGAAGGAGUCGUCUAUGGAGGAAGCAGCUCGCAUCAUGGCGGAGAAGAACAUCUCUGAAGACUCCGACGGCUCUGUCAUCGUUGACUUCUCAAAACUCGGAGCGAAGAAGUUGGGCAAGGCGGUGGUCAAGAAAAAGGACGGCACCAGUCUGUACCUCACCCGUGAUAUCGGAGCGAUCAAGGAGAGGUACGACAAGUACAAGUUUGACAAGAUGAUUUACGUCGUCGCCAUGCAGCAGGAUUUGCACCUGCAACAGCUGUUCAAGAUCGUGGAGGCUAUGGGCCUGAAGGAGAUCUCAGACAAGUGCGUUCAUAUCAACUUCGGUAUGGUGUUGGGUAUGAGCACCCGCAAAGGCACCGUCAAAUUUUUGAACGACAUUCUCAACGACGUGGGCGACUAUAUGCACGAGGUCAUGAAGAAGAAUGAGGACAAGUACAAGCAGGUCGAGGAUCCAGUGAAAACUGCCGACACGUUGGGUAUCUCAGCCGUCAUGGUGCAGGACAUGACCGGAAAGCGCAUUAACAACUACGAAUACAAUCGCGAUCAAAUGACGUCGUUCGAGGGCGACACUGGUCCUUAUCUCCAGUAUGCACAUGCCCGUCUCUCCUCCAUCAUCCGCAAAGUGGGGAUCCCAUCGGCCGAGCUUCUCACCGCGGACCUGUCCCUGCUUAAGGAGAGACAUGCUAUCGACCUGACUCGAACCCUGGUGCAGUGGCCAGAUAUUUUCCUAAUGACAGUAAAGACACACGAGCCUGUGACGGUGUUGACGUAUCUGUUCAAGAUGACCCAUGCGGUGAGCUCGAGUUACGAUCACCUGCAAGUGGUGGGAAGUGAGCCGGAACUGCAAAAGGCCCGCAUGGCACUUUACGUAGCCGCAAGGCAGGUGCUGCAAAACGGCAUGAAGUUGCUGGGCCUGACACCGCUGGAGAGGAUGUGAGUAGAGCGAUAGAGGGAGAUAAGAGAUAGGGGUUGAUUAUAGAUGCCAAGAAAUCAUGGGAAAUGCGGGCGGGAUCGCAUAGACAAUGGCGCAUGGGAAAGGAGAGGAUGAACAUGACCAUUUUGAGAUACUCCACACAUUACGACGGCGACGUAUAUAUCGCCAUCGGCGACCAGACCUGCAGAAAAGUUCCCUCUUUUUGUGUCCACCUUGAGUUUUGGCCAAAACGAGAUUCGACUCUAUGCGUGCCCUUUUUCUUCCCUUUUGCCCCCCCUUCUACGUCUCCCUCUUCCACUUUUACUACUUCUACUGCUAUUACCAUUCCUUCUACCCGCCGCGGCUCUUCGCCCCCACCCCCUCCGUCCUCAUCCGCGAAGAAUUGCCUCGCGUCCCGAAAUAACACGAGAGCCUCG